UAGAAAUGUUUAUUAGUGGAGAGUUGAGACGGUCAAAUCAAACUUUUCAAGAAUUAUAAAAUGACUCUCUCACCUAAAAAGUAUGUUUCUAAUUAUACUACUAGUACAGCUCAGAGAGGAGUACAUGCUAAAGAAGUCGAAUUGGGGAAUACGAAUUUGGAACUGGACAUGUCGGCGUCGACGCCCUGCGCGGCCGAGAGCAGCGCGGGCUCGGCCGGGCGCGCGCGGACGCGGGCCAGCCGCCCGUCGCCUCCAAUGACGAGACAGGUUCCUACCUCCAGGUUGUGGUGGAGAAGCACCGGCGCGCCCGCAGCUCGCCCCCCCCGCGCGCCGCCUCGCCGCGCCUGCCCGCCGCCUCCAGCCCGCUCGCGUACAACCAGGGCGGGCGCGGCGACGGCGGCGGCGUGUACGUGCUGCCGCACCCGCUGCUGCUGGCGUGUCCGGCCGGCUCGCCCAUGUGCACUGCACUGCAGGCGCAUCCCUACUUUGCACGCAGCGGGCGCGCGCUGGCGGACGCGGCCACGUCGCCGAGCCGCGCCGCGCCGCCCCCUGCGCGCGCCGCCUCGCCGCCGCCGGCGCCCCCGCAUCCUCCGGUCUGCGUUACAACUACUCCUAACCCUGCAUCGACGUCAACAUAGUGUACUUACCUACAACUUUCAUUUUCAGAAAAAGUAUCAUACUUGGAAAUUACUUCGAGGCAUCGGUAUGGAAAGAUCGUACGAAAACGAGCCUGACCGCGUGGAGCUGUACUACUUCGAGCACGGCGCGGGCGAGUUCCUGAGCGCGUGGUCGGGCGAGCGCGUGACGCGGCUGGAGCGCGCGGCGCGGCCGGCGCAGCGCCUGGCGCGCGCCGCGCUGGCCGAGCUGCUGGCGGCGCCGCGCCUGCUGGCCGCUGCCCGUGGCGCUGCUGCUGCAGCUGGCGCGCUGCGCGCUGGCGGCGCUGCGCGGCGCGGCGGCGGGGCUGCUGCAGACGGCGUCCGACGUGGCGCUCAAGCCGGCGCUGGCGCUGACGUUCAACGCGCUGCUGCAGCCGCUGCUGGUGUUCGCGCAGAACGUGUCGCGCGGCGUGCGGGCGGCGCUGCAGCCGCUGGCGGCGCUGCUGGGCGACGUGGCGGAGCCGGCGCGGCUGCUGGCCGCCGUGCGCCUUGUGGAUGUGCGCCUUACCUGCCCGCACCAUACCGUCUAGCCACCAAUAUAACAUUCACCGAAAUAUUGCUGGUUUUUAUCUAAAUAAAAAUGCCCUGCAGUUUGGUAUUCUACUGUGCUUCUUAGCUGGGGCACGGUUCCACUAAUUUCACUUAAGCGACAUAAACGAUUCACAUCCGACUGAGAUACAAUCACGACUCAAUUACGAUUGAAGCGUAUGUGGCAUUUUGCUAUUUUUUUUCUUUUAAAUAAACGUUUUUAUCCGUUUGUGAUUCAAUAAUGAAUCAUAUUGUCUGCAAAUUAUUGCAAUAUGAUUGUUGAGCAAACUACCGUAUAGACUAUAGACCAAACGACAGACCAAUAUCGAAUGUCAUUGGAAUACGAUUGGUCUUAAAUUAGUAGCAUAAUGCCCGGUAAGGCUAUAACUGCUAAUGCGAUUCAAUUUCUAUUCAAUUUUGACAUUAUUAACUUAGCAGAAUCGGGCUGUAGUGUUUUUUCAAGAUGGUGUCUUAAUAACAGAACUUAGUUUUCAGGUUUUUUACUAAAAUAGUUUAUGAUUUUAAUUGUAAUUUUAAUCAAUAAAACCUUUUAUGGAUUGUCAAAAAGAAGUUAUUUAGUAGAUACAUAGAGUUCCUGGAAGCAUUCAUAAAUUGUGGCCGCUAUCUUCUUCGUAUAAAAAUGAACUAAGUAUAUCGUUUUAUCGCGUAUAUCAUUAAGAAAUUACGUCUUGGAUAG